ACUUGCCUCUUCGCCUAGCCUUUUCUUCUAACAAAAAUUAUAAGCUAGCAAAAAUGUCAAUUACUCCCAGCUUUGGUGUCCGAAGAAGAAAUUUCUAUGAUAAUUUCCCUCUCGAUGAUUGGGAUCCCUUCAAGGACUUCCACUUUCAAAGUUCUCUCAGUACUGCACCACAUGGUUUCCCCAGUACUGAAACCACAUCGUUCGUCAAUGCUCGAAUCGAUUGGAACGAAACCCCAGAGGCUCAUGUCUUCAAGAUUGAACUUCCAGGGCUCAGCAAAAAUGAAGUGAAAGUGCAGGUGGAAGAUGGUAAAGUGGUGAAGAUAAGUGGUGAGAGCAACACAGAGAAAGAAGAGAAAGAUGGUGAGUGGCACCGUGUGGAGCGUAGCAGUGUCAAGUUCUUGCGUGCAAUAAGGCUGCCUGAGAAUGGUAGAGCUGAGAAAGUGAAGUCAUCAAUGGAGAAUGGAGUGCUUACUGUCACUGUUCCCAAAAGGAGAGCGAAGGAACGCCAACAUGUCAAACUGUUCAAAUAACUGGUUGAAGGCUUAAAUUCAAUGAUUCAGAGAGAGAGAGAGAGAG